AUGGAUAUCUUUUACACUAGUGGUGUCCAGUUUGCUGAAACGCUUCAGACUGCCCUGCCUGGCUUGGAGGAUUUUUGGCUUUGGGUAACCUUUUUCGGCGAUCCCAAAUGUGUCUUCAUUAUUUAUUUCCCUCUUGCCUACUUCCUGCUGGGUAAGAAGGUUGGAUUGACGGUGCUAUGGUUGGGCCUAAUCUCAGAAUGGCUGAACUUGAUGUCUAAAUGGUUAUUAUUUGGGGAACGGCCUUUCUGGUGGAUCUCUGAAUCUGGAUUUUCCAAGAAGAAGGAAAUUUUUCUCCGUCAGUUCCCGUCCAGUUGUGAAACAGGGCCAGGCAGUCCCUCUGGCCACUGUAUGAUCACUGGUGCAGCCCUGUGGCCAGUUGUAAGCAUUCUGGCUAGACAGAUAGCCAAGAACUCCAAAAGUUGGAUCAUGAAGGCAGUGCCCUUUACAGUUUAUUUCCUCCUCUUGCUGCUUAUCGGACUAUCACGCAUCUUCAUACUUGCUCAUUUCCCCCAUCAAGUUAUUGGUGGCAUUUUGGCAGGGAUCAGUCUAGGUUGGCUACUUCAAUUCUGGGUCCCACUGGAAAGAGGAUUCCAUUUCUACCUGAUGAUUUCAUUCUCCCUUUGGCUAAGUGCCACAGUGAUUUAUUGGACAUUGAUUACUCUUGGCAUAGAUCUCAACUGGUCAAUGAAACUUGCUACGAAGUGGUGUGAAAAUCCGAAGUGGAUCCGUAUGGACACAUACCCAUUUGCUUCCCUAUGUCGUGAUGUAGCCACAGUCCUUGGACUGGGAUUGACCUUCCACUCUUCAUCCUAUACUCAACUGAAGCUGGAGAGUCUUGGUUGGCUUCAGAGGGGAUGGUGUGCCAUCCUGGCUCUUGUCGUCCUGUAUUUCCUAAGUAGUAUUACCCAGCCACAAGGGGUGGCUCUGUGGUAUGGGCUGAAUUUUGUAAAAUAUGCCAGCUUCCCAUGGAUAGUAAUUACCUUGCUUCCAAAAGCGAUUAAAAUACUGGCCUCUCCAGGAACACAAUCUCACACAGAGUAGCUAGAAAUAUUUGUUCUUUCUCCUUA